AGAAGAAGUGUUUUUCCGCUGAGCUUUUGGCUGGAUCAUGCCACGGGAUAUCGUCGCUGCAAAAUAUGCACACUGCUAUAUCGAAGUAGUUUGCUUUCAUUUGCAGUGGAAAUGGAUCUCCCGUGUCCGGAGUGGACAAAACAUGUUGAGCAGAAAUGGACAAGUCUAGAAUCCGCGACAAGAGAGCGCUUUUCUCUUCUCACUGACAUAGACGACAUUUUCCACUUUGGACAGUCACAACUACAGCCAGAGGAUCUUGAAACUUUGUCCAGAAUAUCUGAGAAGUAUCCUGUGAAGAAAUCUUCUGAAUGUGCAGCCAGAUUAAGGGAACAGGGGAAUGUCAACUUUAAAGAGAGGGACUACAAAUCUGCUGCCCUAUGUUACACGCAGGGUGUGUGUCAUGCUGAAAAGAAUACAGAACAGCUGUCUUUAUGCUAUGCAAAUCGUUCAGCUGCUUUGUUUCAUCUUGGCCACUACACAAAAUGCCUAGAGGACAUCCAGCGGGCCUUUGAUGAAGGUUACCCAUGUCAGCUACAGACUAAACUGGUGGACAGACGGAUACAGUGUACAAGUCUGGUUAAAAAGCAGGAAUAUAUGAAAGCAUCUCCUUUUAAACAUCAGACACCACAAACCAAGGAGAAUAAGGGUGGUAAUACCAGUGUGUCAUCUGCUGUAUCUGUUCACUUUACUACUGAAAAGGAACGGCACCUGGUGGUCACUGAGAACAAGUCAGCAGGGGAAGUUGUGGUUGAAGAUGAGGCCUUCAGCUUUGUUCUUAUACCUGUCAAUGGACAGUACAACAAGAGUGGCAAAGCCAAUAUAUUUACAACAGGACCGCAACACUGCCAUCACUGUUUGUGUGAGAAUAUUAACACUGUACCAUGUCGGGGCUGUAGCUAUGCCCAGUACUGUGGGCAGAGGUGUGAAAAAGAGGCAUGGCAUCAGUACCACUGCUGGGAGUGUUCAGUUGGUUCAGAGCUACUGACUCUCGGGGUGUUUGCACAUUUGGCCCUGCGAGUGGCCCUUAAAGCUGGAAUAAACGAGGUCCAGAGGGCAAGAGAGAGUUGUUUUAACUUGGUUUAUGAAGUGCCAAAAGCAACUUUUGUCAGCAGUAACAGGUCUGGCAAUGGCAAGCUUUGCUCCAGUGGUGAAACAUCUGAGAGUCUGGGCUUGGUAUCAGACCUGAAUGUAAAUGCUCUUAAAUGCUCUCAAAGUUCAGAGCAUUCAAGCUGUUACCAUGGAAAGUCAUACCUGGGCAUCUAUAGUCUAUUACCGCAUGUAGGGAAACAUGACCCUAACUUGCGCUUCCUGUUAGCUUUCACCAUAGCAGCACUCUUUCAGAGACUUCCACUUGAAGUGCCACCUUGCCAUGAUCAGGAGGAAUGGAGUAUGUGCUGGGGCUCUAAGAAGAGCCUGCUAGGAUCUACAGCUCUGAGGCACAUGAUGCAACUUCGAUGUAAUGCACAGGCUGUGACUACAAUCAAAGUCAAAGAGGAUACCAGCUUACCAGUGCAAUCCAGUGAAGAAUUCCGCAUUGCCACUGCAAUAUUCCCUGUCCUCAGUCUGCUCAACCACUCUUGUCAGCCUAACACGAGCAUCUCUUUUGAUGUGGGCCUCAGUUCAUCUGGCUCUAGUAAUCCAUUGUAUUUUUCUUCGGGAGUUACAGUCACAGUCCGGGCCUGCAGAGACAUUUCUGCAGGCCAGGAGCUGUUGCACUGUUAUGGUCCUCACUGUAGCAGAAUGGAGGUUGAGAAGCGUCAGCAUCUGUUGCUGAAGCAGUACUUCUUCCACUGUAAAUGUGAGGCUUGCAGGCUGGAGCUAGCUGAUAGAAGCAGGAGAUUACCAUUAACCUUUAAUGGUCUUAAAUGUGAAAAAUGUGGAAGCCUCCUUAAGAUGAGCGUGGAUGUGCAUGAGUGUUCACAGUUGUCCUGUGAUCACCACAUCUUAAAUACAGACUUGCAGAGAAGAAUGCAAAUACUACAAAACCACUUGGACCAAGCUUUAGAACUCAUGGAGAACCAUCAAAUAAGUGAGUCAGAUGGUGCCCUAUGUAUCUUGCAGAAAGCAUCCAAUCAGGCUGACAGUAUCUUAAUGAAGACGCACCCUCUGCAGGGUGAACUAGCUGAUGCAAUGGCCCGAGCAUAUGCUACCAUGGGGCUUUGGCAGCAGGCUGCAUCACAUUUAAAAAGCAGUAUUGCUGCCAUUUGUUCCAAGUAUGGGAAGGACAGUUUGGAGCUUGGGAGACAGCAGUUUAAACUUGCCCAGCUACAUUUCAAUGGAGGAGAUGGACCAUCUGCACUUUCUGUGAUACCUUUAGCCCGACACAUCCUCUCUCUCCACUGUGACCCUCUUUGUUGGGAGCUUCAGGAGCUUCAGGCUAUGGAGGCCUGCCUAUGUGACACAAUGUGAUGUCUAAUCAUGCCUCUGUUUUAGCAACGUAAUAUUUAAGAUGGUGACAUUAUUGAUAUUUUAAUGGGAUUUUUUGAUUUUCAAUCAGGUCUAAUCAACAGAAACUGUUUUAUACACGUAUUGUAAUGAUCUCACUGACUCCAUUUAGGACAUACAUGAAUAGGUGCUGCAGUGGGCUCUUUCUAAAAUGGAAAGAUCUGGAGUGAUUAUGUUUAAUUAAUUAUCUUUAAGUGGUACAAAUCUUAAUUGUACCUUAAUAAAAAAGCAAACCAAGACCUUGUACAAAAUGGCAUAUGGCUCAGUAUUUUUAAUACAUACCAUUUUCAUACAACCACCUUUCCCUUUCUUUUUUUUUCUUUUUAACAUGUACUGCUGCUUAGGCUGGGAAAUAUUUGUGUAACUACUUUUUCAAACUUUUUUAUAUUAUUUUGACAGUGUGUUAACACUAACAAUUUAGAAGUUGAGUAAUUAUACCUUUAUUUCAUUAUUUUCAAGAAAAAAACUUUUUAGUCCUUAAAGUUUUUUAAUUAGACCUUCAAGUACUCAUUACAAAUCUCAAAGGACAAUUUCUCCCAUCUAGACAAUUUCUCCCAUCUAGGCUUAGCAUCCAAUUAUCAGUACAGAAAAAAAUUGUGCCAAUUCAACUAAAUCCUCCAAUGAAAUCCAUGUCCACUCUUUUUUUUUUUUACAACAAUCUAAAUGUCAAUACAAUGCCAUUCUCCUAAAAGUGUGUUUUCCAGAGUGAGAUAGUGAAUAACUGGAAUAUUUGAGAUAAUUUUGCAUUUAAAUUUUGGUUUAAAAUGAGUUUCAUGGCAUAACUUUGCAGCUGUACAUUGCACACUGUUGACAUCUUUGUAGAUUAUGAUUUUAAAUAAACACCAUAUAUAAAAAGUA